GAGGGAGGGAGAGAGAGAGAGAGAGAGAGGCAGAGGGAGGGGUUGGAGAGGGUGAACGCGAGGAUAGAAGGGAAUAGAAAAGAGACAUGGCUUCCAAGGAGAUAGCCUCCUCCUGUUUCGUCAGUGUAAACAGGGAAAUCACAGAAAGCAUCAGGAAAGCCAUUGACAGAUCGUCAAUCAAGUUUGCACGAGGCAUCAAGCUAGAUACGAAGAGUGGCAAAUCAGAGGACAGGAUACUGGUUCUUACAACAUGGCGGAUCUACCUCCUCGCUGCCAAGGUUCCGGCAAAGGUGGAGAUUACCUUUAAUUUCCUGGAAAUCCGGGCAAUGACCUCUCACCCCGAGCUCCAGGUUGUCAUAGAGACGGACAAGUCCGCCUACUCCCUGAGGCUCCAGUCGAGGGAACACCUGGAUCACGUGAUCAACCAUGUGAACUUCGCCCUCUCGCGGAUCUUCAACAACUCGGUGUUUGCUCCAUCCGUCUGUCAUUCAGAAGGCGACGCCUCGGAGGGAAGCAGGAAGGUGUCGCCGAGUUCUGAAACGUCCGUGGAGACGCAGAGAGCCUGUGGUGGGUUUUCAGAGACAUACGCUGCGCUGUGUGAUUACAAUGGCAUCAGCUGCAAGGAGGAAGUGCAGUGGGAUGUGGACACAAUCUAUCACUCUCAGGACAACAGAGAGUUUAACCUGCUGGACUUCAGUCAUCUGGAAAGCAGGGACCUGGCAGUGAUUGUGGCUUCCAUGGCAUACAACACCUGGUUCACAAAACUCUACUGCAAGGACCUGCGCAUAGGGUCAGAGGUGAUGGAUCAGAUUCUUCACACCCUCAGUAAAUCCAGCAGUCUGGAGGAGGUCACCCUGGAGAACACUGGGCUCAGAUCGGACUUCCCUCAGAAGAUGGCCUUGGCUCUGUCAGAAAACCCCGCCUCUGUAAUCCACUCCCUCAACCUGGCGCACAACACGCUGGACAACCAAGGUGUGUCCAGCCUCGUCCAGCAGGUAUGCCGACUAAGCAAAGGCCUGCGUCUGCUCAACCUGUCCAAGACCUCCCUCUCAGCCAAGGGUGUGGUGUCUCUCGCCCAGGCUCUCUGCUCCAGUGAUGAUUACUCAAACUCGCUGCUGCACCUGGACCUCAGCCGCAACCCAGGGGCUCUGUCUGGAGAUGACUCCACGAACCUGUGCCUCUUCCUGUCUCAGCCAAACUGCCUGGUCCACUUGGACCUGUCUGGCACAGACUGUGCUGUGGAGUCGCUGUUUGGAGCUCUCUUGCGGGGCUGCUGUGCUGAUCUCUCCUACCUGAACCUCUCCAAAAACUCUUUCUCUCACAAGAAAAUGAAGGAGACUCUACCCAUGUUCCGUCAGUUCUUCAGCUCGGCCUUCAGCCUCACCCACAUCAGCCUGGCCUCCAUGAAGCUGCCCCCCGAUGCCCUCAGAGCUCUGUUCCUUGGUCUGUCCUCAAACCCUCAUAUUAAUGACCUGCAUCUGGACAUCAGUGGCUGUGAGCUCAGGUCCACUGGAGCAGUGGUUCUAGAGGAGUGUCUCCCUAGGCUCUCCUCCAUUGCCACUCUAGACAUCUCUGAUAAUGGGUUGGAUGCAGAUCUUCUCUCUGUUCUCCCGGCUCUGUCUCGACAUCCAUCCAUCAAACACCUGCUGCUGGGAAAGAACUUCAACAUCAAGAACAGCAGGGUUCUGGAUGAAGUCCUACAGAAACUGGUCCAACUCAUUCAGGAGGAAGAGUGUGUUCUGCAGUCUCUCUCGGUGGCGGACUCGCGGCUGCGUUCUCGCGGGACGGUUCUGGUGAACGCUCUGGGCUCCAACGCCUGCCUGCGCCGGGUGGACCUGAGCGGGAACAACAUGGAGGACGUGGGAGCCAAGAUGCUGAGCAAAGCCCUGCAGAUCAACACCACACUGAGGAGUGUGACUUGGGAUCGCAACAACACCACGGCAACGGGAUUCUGGGAUGUGGCACGAGCACUGGAACAUAACUUCACCCUCCAGUACAUGCCCCUCCCUCUCAGUGAUGUCACCCAGGCAUACCGCAACACCCCUGAGAAGACUGAGCAGGCACUUGUCAAGAUCCAGAGAGCUCUGCUGAGGAACAACCAGACACAGCGUUUCUCCCAAAGACAGGCCCUGCGCCUGCACCAGGGCCUGGUCACCAGCACCGCCGAGCAGGUGAUGGAGCGCCUGUGUGUGCGUGUGCAGCAGCAGGUGUCUGUCCUGCGGGGGGUCGGAGAUGGGGAGGAGCUUAAAGCAGCCAAACAGGUGCUGAAGGAGGCCCGGAACUCCCGCGCGCUCUACCCCUCUCUGUGUGAGCUGGCCCAUGUGCUCUCAGUAGACGGGCCGGUCAGACAGAAGCUGGACUCGCUGGCAGGAGAACUGGCCAAAGCCGCGGACAAGGAGCUGCAGGUGAUCGUGGACUCCAUGGUGUCGCUCUGUCGGGAGCUCUGCCCUCUCUCCUCCUCGGCGGCCGAGCGCCUGACUCCGCCCCUCUCCUCCGUCUCCGAGCGCGUCUCCAUCCCUCGCUCCACCAUCCGCUCCGCCCUGAUGGAGAGAGCGGCACAGGACAUCCACCGAGCUCUGGAGGAGGUGAAACUGUCGGUUGUGUCUUAUCUCACUAACUCCAUAGUAGACCACAUUCUGCAGGACCUCUAUGCCACUCAGAAAGCCCUGACUCGACAGGUGUCGCAGGUGAAGCACUGGGAGGCGGCGGGGGAGGGGGGCACUGGCAGGAGAGCACACCGACACCGAGACUCUCUGGACAUCACAGACGAGGAGCUGGGCACCAGCAUAGACACCAUUGCCAUUAAGAAGCGAAGCUCCAGGACCCGGCGAAUUCGCCCUGUGUCCACCAGACUGAGUUUGUGCGAUGACUCCAGCUCCUCUCCCCCUGCCUCGGCUCCGCCCCUCUCCGCUCCCCUCUCCCGCUCGGCAUCAUGGGAGUGCCUGUCCACUCUGCCCACUCAGGGCGCGCCGCUGCAUCAUGUGACCCGGGUCAGGCCGAGGCCCCCACGGAGGCAUCGAAGGGCGCAUGCCCCCGUGGACACGCAUUGCACAGAGAAUGGUGCUGUGACUCCGCUGGAUGAUGGACUUCCUGAUUUUUACACCAAGAGAGUCUUGCCUGACAGUCAGUUGUCAUGUCUGCAUAAAGCCCAGUCUCUCAGAAGAAAGAAGAGGCGAAACAUGCUGGCAAUCUUCAGUUUCCGUAGGAACCGCAAUUCAAUCCAAGCCAAUCAUGGGACAGAGAGCAGAGGAGGGGGUGUGACCUCUGGAGAAGAGUGUCGGACGAUGGCCAUGGCACCCACUGGCAAUGCCACUGAAAACGUGUACACCCUGCUCCAGCCCCCAAGGAUUUCUGGGAAGGCAGAGCCCUCCAGGGAAGGCCCUGAUGGGAAGGUGGAGGACCAGAGGGGGGAGGACCAGGGGGGGCCGGCGGGAGUCCGGCCGGUGCAGGGCAUACCACUGCCUGGUAUGGGGGGACAAAAGCCCCCCUCAUUCUCACCUAGACAGAAGCCCGAGCCCGACCAGGAGCCGUACAGACAGACAGACAGACAGGCAGGCACAGACACACACAGACUGCAGCAGGCAGAGGUAGGCAGGCAGACAGUAUCUACCAUGCAGACAGACAGACAGACAGUAUCUACCAUGCAGACAGAAAGACAGACAGCAUGUACCAUGCAGACAGACCGCCAGACAGUAUCUACCAUGCAGACAGACAGGCAGACAGUAUCUACCAUGCAGACAGACAGACAGACAGUAUCUACCAUGCAGGCAGACAGACAGACAGACAGACAGACGGUAUCUACCAUGCAGAUUGAAAGACUGAAGGCUGCAGUCAUGUGGAUUGACAGACAAACAGCCUCAGUGGACAGACAGACAGUGUCAGCAGAUAGACAGACUGACAAACAGACAGUAUCAGCAGAUAAACAGAGAGAAUUAGCAGAAAGGCAGACAGUAUCAGUAGAUAGACAGACAGUUUCAGCAGAUGGACAGACAGCAUCAGCAGAUAAACAGAGAGUAUUAGCAGAAAGGCAGACAGUAUCAGUAGACAGACAGACUGUGUCAGCAGACAGACAGACAGUAUCAGCAGAUAAACAUACACACAGACAGACUGUAUCAGUAGAUAGACAGACAGUUUCAGCAGAUGGACAGACAGUAUCAUCAGAUAGACAGAGAGUAUUAGCAGAAAGGCAGACAGUAUCAGUAGACAGACAGACAGUGUCAACAGACAGACAGACUGACAGACGGACAAUAUCAGUAGAUAGACAGAGAGUAUUAGCAGAAAGACAGACAGUAUCAGUAGACAGACAGACUGUAUCAGCCAUACAGUCUAACAGACAGACACCACCAACAGUGCAGCCUGACAGACAGACAAUAUUAACGGACAGACAGACAGUAUCAGCAGACAGACAGACUGACAGACAGACAGUAUCAGCAGGCAGACAGACUGACAGACAGACAGUGUCAGCCAUGCCGACGGCUGCAGUCGCACAUAUUGACAGACAGGCAGUAUUGUACAUGCAAGCAGACAGACAGACAGUAUCAGCCAGUAUCAUACAGUCUAACAGACAAACAGUAUCAAUAGACAGACAGACUGACAGACAGGCAGUAUCAACCAUACAGUCUAACAGACAGACACCACCGACAAUGCAGCCUGACAGACAGACAUUUUUGGCAGACAGACAGACAGUGUCAGGCAUGAGGACAGACAGACAGACACAAGGGCCACCCCCAUUGGUCGAGAGGCAGGCCCCGCCCAGCGCUCAGACGGACAGACACACAAGGCCGGGGGGACCGACGGACAGACAGAUGGGAGGUCCGCCCCUGGAGGAGAGGAGGCGAUGCCGAGGAGGUCCGGAGGGAGGCGUCCCGCUGGGGGGGAAACCCGACCCCCCUCCCCAGAGCACCAAGCCAAACCUGGCCAAACUCAGACAGAGACCCCUGCUGGACAGCCCUGGGCCAGAGGAGGAGGGAAGGACGGAACGAGAGAGAGACAUGGGGAGAAGAGAAAAGAAAGACAGAGAAGAAGACGUGGACAGAGGAAGAGAAACUGAAGGGCGACCUCCUCCCAUCCCUGAAAAGAAGAGUAGCAUGCAGCCAAAUGUAUCCAGUUCUGUGACCACACCAAAGGAUGUAUCCAAUGAGAGGAAGAUCCAGCCUCCCGCUCCUCCUACCUCUAUCAAGCCUGUGCUAGGAUUGGUUACUGGGGCUGUCUCUCAAGGUGAGGAGGUGGUGCGAUCCACAGUGCCUGUGAAGCCCCUGAGGAAUAAGAAAGCCCUGUCCUGUGAUGCAGGCACCAGCAGGGACAGCCUCGGUACUGUGGAAAGGCCCCCAAAUCGCAAACCCCCUGUGAAAAAGCCCAGACUCCCCCAGAACAGAAACAAAUCUCUGGACUACCCUGACAGCAGCAGCGCGGCGCCUAGCAACAAGGAACCGUUGUGACGACAGCGGAACUGACCUGAGGGACGCUGCGGAGAAAGGGUUCCCAUGACAACUGGGCAAAUCGGGAAAGGGGGAUAGAGAGAAAAAUGAGGGAGAAAGAGAGUGAGAGAGAUUCUAUAGGCUCACCAGACGUUGUUAACCCUGAAAGUUCUGUCUCCCUACUGCCGAAGCUCAAACAUUCCAACGUUAUACAUCUUCUGAAUAUUAUUUGAGUGGGCGUGGUCAAGUUUACUACCGUGGCCACAGAUGCUCUGUACUGUACAGCACCAGAAGCGCCUGUUACCUACCGAAACCUCCUGCAGUUGACAACCAGAGAGAACGGAAAGGAAAGCAGGAGUUGAGUAUCUGGUGAGUCUAGAGAAUCUGCGCUCAAACGCACACAACAACACGUAACAGUCCUCUUGCCUUUUAGUUCCCAGAAUGCAAUGCAGCAGACAGAUGCAGGAGCUGGGAUUUGAGCUUUAACAGUUUUCGCUCUCUCUCUCUCUCUCUCUCUCUACUCAGCUGAUACUGUACUGUUACUUUAACUGUCACUAAGAAGAAAGUGAAACCUUUUUAAAACGUUGGACUCUCUUUCUCUGCACUAACUGCUGUUAAAAUGACUGUGCUUGCAGUUUACUGAGAAGCCAAGAACUGUGAGCCCGUGUAGUAUUUCUAUUAGCAUUAUUACGAUUAUUAUAAUACAUGAAAUUAUUCGGCAGUAUUGGAACAGGUUAUGGGGUGUAUUUUUCUUCGCUAAUUGCGUCAUCAAUGUUAUUGGGCUUUUUUUUUCUCUCUGAUACAUUUUUUGAUCAGUGUUAACAUCGUUUGCAAUGGUUGAAACUUGAAAUAAGCUGUUGAUAGAUUUUUUUAAAAUCAAAUGAAACUAACCGAUUUGUUAUUUAUUUCCUCUUUUCUUGAUUGAAAUGUGUGAUAUAUUUUAUGAAGUAAAAAAACUAUAAAUGACGUUAAUGCUGUGAUAUAUUGACUGAAUAAAGAAGUCUAUGAUGGGAGGCCUGA